CUCUGUGGCACGCUCACUGCAGGCGGAACCUGCUGAUCGACGAGGUCUCUGCCAGCAGGACUCGGAAUAUUUUUGGUUUUUCCCACAGGCGUUGUCUGGUACAGACUUGAGCAGCGCUGCUCAAGCCAUGGAGGGAGUGUGUGCUGCAGUUUGCGCAGCUUUUUCCGUGGCUUAUUCUGGGUACUUUCUCACCCACCUGGCACGUCACAUCACCCGUGCCUGGAGAGAAUCCGGUCUUUGGAGCCCAACACCAACCUCGGAGGAUCCUCUGGCUGCGUGUCUUCCUGCAGAAGAGGCCAGAGGGGAGGAAGAUGCUCCCCAAACUGCGCCUGCUGCCACUGCAGGGCCUGAGCAUCCAGCAUCAGAAAGUAGCAGCUCUGGGUCGUGCUGUGGCUGGAGCAAAGCAUAGCUGCAAGUUUCUGAUCAGACAGCACCUCCUGUGCCUGGCUGAAGAUGCUGGAGGCUGGAAUCUUUCCGGCCCUUCCCCCAGUCAGUGGAGCUUGGAAAAGCAGAGUGGAACUUGGAUUGUUUAUGCAGCAGCUUCCUACUGUUCUGAAAGGGGCUGUGAAUUUGUCUUAGUAAGAGACAAGAGGUAGCAUUAGGAUGUCUUUGGAUGCUCCUGGGGUACAAGUGAGGUCCUUGGUGGCCAGUGGCUGUGCAGGCUCCCUGUCCCCUGUGAGGAGAGCAGUGCAAAGAUGCAGUUCACAAGCUUGCAGGAUACGAGGAGGCACUGUCCCCAGCAGGGACCUGGCCCUCCCCACAGAGCAGCUAAAGUCAGUAGCUAAAGGAAGAGCUGAGCUGCAGCAGGGCCUGUAGCUGAAUAUAGGUAAGGUGGUGAAUGACAGGUUCUUUCCUAUCCCUCAUGCUGCUGUCUGUCCACAGAGCACAAGGGCAGCGUCAGCACCUGCUCUAGCUGCCUCUGUACCUGAGGAAGAGGCUGAAGAGGAGGAAGGUGCCGAUGAACCUGGCCCUGCGGUCGGUCAGCCCAUGGCCGGAGCAAACAACACCAGUAAGUGCCCGCUUUGGGUAGCAGCAUCUUUGGUGUCAUUUUGUCCGUCAUGUAAAAGCAGCCUUUGGAUUUUGUGCCUUGAGCUGUUGAAGCGGGCUGCACAAGCUGAGAGGUGAAGAGCCCUGGGUGUGGCCAGCAGCAUCUUCCUAGGGGCUUGCAUUUGAAAUGGAAUGGGGGCAUCUCUGCCAGGCUCAUUUGUGACCCAAAUUCAUUUCUUGUCCCAGAGCUCCAUCUCCUCUGUCCUGGCACCUGCACGAGCUGCAGCUGAAGGCUCGGGAGAAGGCUCCAGUGCCCAGGCUGGAAGCUCAAGCACGAGCAGCUCGUGCACCUGGAGCACGACCAGCUCGUCUGGCAGCAGAGAGCAGCAGCGAGAGAGGACAGAGGACAAGUGCCUGGCCAUGCUGAAGAUGCUGGUGAGCGAGGGAGAUCCUGAGGCUAAAUACACAGAACUGGAAACUCUUGGCAAAGGGGGUUUCGGCACUGCGUGCAUGGCAGUGGAGACUGCCACAGGAGAAGAGGUGGCCAUCAAGAAAAUUAGUCUCCUGCAAGAGAGCAGCAGUGAGCUGUGCCUGAAUGAAAUCCAGGUCAUGCGUGGCAGUAAGAAUGCCAACCUUGUGAACUAUGUAGACAGCUACCUGGUGGAUGAGGAACUCUGGCUGGUGAUGGAAUACAUGGACGGAGGUUCUUUACAUGAUGUCAUCAGGGAGACUCGCAUGGCAGAAGGAGAGAUAGCAGCUGUCUCUCAGGAGUGCCUGCAAGGCCUGGAUUUCCUGCACUCCAAGCAAGUGAUCCACCGAGAUAUCAAAACCCACAACAUUCUCCUGGGCUUGGAUGGAUCAGUCAAGUUGGCUGAUUUUGGCCUUGCUGCUCAGCUCACCACCGAGCAGAACAAACGGAGAUCAGCUGUUGGAACAACUUACUGGAUGGCGCCAGAAAUUUUCACCAGGAAGCCCUAUGGCCCCAAAGUGGACAUCUGGUCCUUUGGCAUCGUGGGGAUCGAGAUGGUGGACGGAGCGCCUCCGUACCUGAUGAAAACCUCCCGCACAGUUCAACAGCUGAUAAGCACCGGGGCCCCCCCGAAGCUGCAGAAGCCCAGGCAGCAGUCGGCGUGGCUGCGAGACUUUCUGCACUGCUGCCUGGAGAGGGACGAGGACAGGCGCUGGUCUGCCCAGGAACUUCUGCAGCAUCCAUUUGUAACAUCAGCCAAGCCAGCCUCCUCCCUGACGCCUCUGAUCAUGGCCACGCAGGAGUUCAUGGCCGACAGGAGAUACUAGCCCUGGAGGAGGCCUUUGUUGUUGUUUGUUGUUUGAAGUUU